AUGAAGUUUUCUGAGUUUCACCUCCAUGUGCUUCGCCUGCAGCCUCCCCGGUCCUGCGCCGACUACUUGAGCGAAUACAGGCACUGCAGGAGCCUGAUGAACCGCCUGCACCACUACUACACCUUCGGACGGGCCCCUUCGUGCCAGCAGUGGAAGACGGACCACUACAGCUGCUGCGAGUGGGAGAGGCACCGCGGCUCGGAGGCCAAGGAGGCCUUGCGGGACAGCGAGCGAGCCAGAGUGGAGCAGCAGAGGGGGUUCGUGCCCGUGUGGGAGCUCCGGCAGACCCCCCCAGCGGACUGGCACGCGCCCCUCCAGCAGGGGAAGCUUAAGGGCUCCUGAGCGACGUGGGGAGGAGCCCAGCUGCCCUCCGUGAUGCUGUGACAACAGCAGGACUGCAGCCAGACCUCUGCCACCACCUGGAACUGUGUGUCGGCUUAAGGCCGGUCCAGCAUUCGUCAAGUUCUCGUGAAGAGAUGCACACGACUGACGGCGUUUCUUCAGGACCUGAG